AUGUAUGAUGAUUCGAAAACAGAGCAGGCGGAUGCUGAGCACGCCUCGCUUGGUCGCGCUCAAAGCAACGAACGAGCUAUUGCUUACGAUGAAGCUGAAACUAAGCGGGUUUUGCGCAAAGUCGACUUUCGCGUGGUUCCUCUCCUAACGCUCCUCUAUAUAUUCUCUUUUCUAGAUCGAAGUAACAUCGGCAAUGCAAAAAUAGCGGGCAUGAUGGAAGAUCUCGACAUGUCUGGGGCCCAAUACAACGCCGCGCUAACUGUGUUCUUUGUGCCAUAUAUUCUGUUCGAGAUCCCCAGUAAUAUGGCCCUCAAGGUCGUCCGUCCUUCGUACUGGAUUGCUUUCAUGAUUAUAUCCUGGGGCACCGGAUAG